AUGGACCGACUAAGCCCAAUAUCAACGGAUUCUGGGUUCGAGUCAUGUUGUUGUCCAUCUAGUCCGGCUACCUCAUCAUCGAACACCAACAAUAAGCUAACCCGUUCGCUAUUUGUUCCAUCGCUGCCUUCGCCUUCCACUGCCUUGGGCUUACCAGCUGGUGAUGCUCACACGGUCAUAUGUGACUUGACGCCGUCGAGCAGCGAAUCGUCACUUUAUCGUGAGGAUUCAAUUUCUUUGGACUCAGUAUCAACUAAUUCUCCUAAUAAUGAAUGUCCUAGCUGUUCGACAUUCACUCCAUCCUGCAGCACUAGUACAGAUUCAUAUGACACUAGUGGACCUUCUCAAUCACAAUGUGUUGACGGUGGUUCGAUACGAUAUCACUGUUUAUGGAAUGGUUGUGUGAAUAUUUAUGAGAAAGCCGACGAUUUAUACGACCACGUCAUAGAGCUUCAUAUAAAUCCAUUACGUGAUCUCACGCCUGAAACAUCAAAAACAAAGCAAGAGAAAGAAGAUGACGAAUCCAUCAAGUGUAUGUGGGACGAUUGCACAAUGUUUCUGCGAAGAGGAGAUAAUGAAAAGAAGAUUUCCUGGCUUAUGGAUCAUUACCGUACUCGUCAUGCUCGCACUGCAAAUCCCUUCCAUUGUGUUAUUGAAGGAUGCCAAAUGCGAUUCUCAACGACGAAUAGGCUAGAAGAGCAUGUACGAGUUGAGCAUAUCAAUCCUCCUAAGCCAGUGAAGGAAACUCCCGUUGUUGUACAAAAGGAGAGCUGUUAUGGAUGGCGUCCACGAUUGUACUACCCAGUUCGACCACGCCCUAUGAUGUAUUGCCCACAUUUCGACGAAAAACUGUUGAAAUGUGUACGCUUUAUGAAUAAGCACAGUUUUAAAGUCGCUUUCAAUCCGAUCGAUCCGAAUGCUGGAAUAAAAGGAGCGAAAAGAAGAAAGAGCAUGCAUCGCUACGCAUACAAAAUUGUACCAUCAGACACGUUACCAGCAAAACCAGAAAAACAAACCAAUAAUAGUUCUUACGACAUAGAAAGCGUGCGAGGACUCUCAAUUUUCGAUCUCUUCCCUCCAGUAGUGGGUGGUGCUGUGGGCGAAUCAGCAGAGCCUUCAACUAGGAACAUUUUCCAUUUCGUGCUGAGCGGAGAUCGAGAGAUCAAAUAUAUGGCAUGGUAUGGGGCAGAAGAGUGCAGAAAAGGUGUCGAUCAAAUGGAUGUAGUUGAUCUAAUCGAUAAUAGUCUAUGGUGA